AUGACGGGCGAGUAUUAUUUGCGUAUAUUGUCCGCCGGCGCAGAUCCCAAUAUCGACAUUGUCGCCGUUCAUGGGCUCAACCCCAAAAGCAAGAAAAAUCAUGCCGAGAAGACCUGGGAGUCGAAUGGGAAGCUAUGGCUCAGGGAUUUUCUUCCCAAGCAACUGCCACGAGCCAGGAUUUUCCUCUUCAGUUACAACUCUAAAGUUGCAAUCCAGUCAUCCGCAGCUGGAGUGCGAGAGCAGGCACAUGUCCUCCUUGACCGCUUAAGACUUAAAAGAGAGAAGUGUGAACAUCGACCCCUGCUUUUCAUUGCCCAUAGCCUGGGAGGGAUUGUUGUCAAAGAGGCGCUUGUACAAGCCAAACUCAGCGCAACGUAUGGCUCGAUAUGCACCUCGACCUUUGGAAUCGUUUUCUUCGGCACGCCACAUCGAGGAACGCACCUGGCACGUGUGGGAGGCGUGGCUGCAAAGUUCGUGAGGGCUCUACUAGGAACAGCGAGCAAUACUCUACUGAAGGCCCUUUCAAAAGGCAGCCUUUACGCCCUGGAGCUGUCUGCGAACUUUGACAAGCUUCUUGAAAACUACAAGUAUCUGAGCUUUUAUGAGACCCUACCAUUCAAGAGCAUCGGCAUAGUUGUGGAAAAAGAUUCUGCUGUUCUUGGCUUGCCUGACUCCCGUGAGAAAGCGAUCGCAUUGAAUGCCGACCAUGAAGAGAUUUGCAGAUUUCACUGCGACAAAGACGAUCGAUAUCAAUAUGUGUCUUCGCUAAUUGUCGAAAUGGCAAACUCAGGGACGGAGACGCGCCAGUUAACCAGUUGCGUUGAUGAAUCAGAGUCCACCCUCGUGGCCGAUGAAGCCGACCCUUGCUUCUGGAUGAUACCUUAUACACGUAAUCCCGGGUUUGUCGGCCGCGAGCAUACAUUAAGUCAGGCUAUGGAGCGUAUCAUGCCACUCGGAAAGGUUCAUUCGAGAGUAGCCUUGUAUGGUCUCGGAGGUGUCGGUAAAACCCAGAUAGCCAUUGAGCUGGCGCACCAAGUCCAUGAAGCCCACCCCGACGCGUCGGUGUUCUGGAUCCACGCAAACAGUAUCAACCGGUUCCAAGAAAGCUAUUAUCAUCUGAUCAAGGAAUGCGAGAUUGAGAGCCCAGAGGAUCAACGACAAGACCUCAUGAUUGUCAAGCAAUGGCUAGAAAAGCAGUGUAAACGCUGGUUGCUGAUUAUCGAUAACGCUGACGAAGCCUCACUCUUCACGACAGAUGGUCGUCAAGGACAAAGAGCCUCGACCUCAGAUAAGCAGCUGCAAGAAGAUUCUUCUAUCGUCCAGUUCCUUCCCGAAAGUCCAUAUGGCUCUAUUCUCAUUACAACCCGUAACCGAGCUGCUGGUGUCAAAUUCGUCAGGGGUAUUGGCCGAAACAUGCUCGAGGUGGAUACUAUGACCAAAGAAGAAUCGAGAUGCUUGAUCAAAUCUGCUUUGAGUAGCAAUUAUCCGACAGAGUCGGACAUGGAUGAGCUCGCGGAGAUGCUCGACUAUUUACCGUUGGCAAUUAUGCAAGCCGCUUCAUUUAUGGAAGAAAAUGUGCUCACUGUGAAUGAAUACAUCAAGCUGCAUAAUGACAGCGAUGAAACCAAAAUGAGUUUACUGUGCGAGCCCUUCGAGACAUUAGGAAGAGACAGCGAAACCCCUAAUGCUCUUGCUACCACUCUGAUCGUUUCUCUAGAUCAUAUCAAUACAAAGGAGCCGAACGCCAUCGAGGCUCUUUCCUUUGUUGCUUUCCUUGACCAGCACAACAUCCCAUCAAGUCUGAUGGAACAGAAGGUUGUCGGGCCGCUUGACCUGACAAAAGCGCUGGGUACACUCAAGGCGUUCUCGCUUAUAAUAGCAACAGGAAAGGGCCAAAACUUUUCUAUCCACCGGCUCGUACAGCUUACUGUGCGGAAAUGGCUAAUCAUUGAGCACACCUUCGACGAAAGAGCAAUUCAAGCCAUGGAUACUCUCGCUGAAGUCUACCCGAACGCUCAGUACGAGAACUGGGCUAUCUGUGCUGAUUAUUUGCCUCAUGCCGUAUCAGUCCUCAAAUUCAUACCGGAGCUGCAUGGGAAGCUGCUGCGAAGGAGGCUCUAUCUUCAAGAAGGAAUAGCAUACUAUUUGUGGUCGCAGGGUCGUGACGAUGAGGCAGAGAAGCUGGAUCUCCUCAUCGUGGAAGAGAAUAAGAGAGAAUUUGGUAUAGAACAUCCAGAAACAUUGGAGAGCAUUGCAGGUCUCUCCUCAACAUACGCAAAUCAAAAUCGACUUGCCGAAGCCGAGGAACUAGAUUCAUUUCUUGUUACGAGCUACAAACGGCUUCAUGGGCCCGACCACACUUUGACCCUGGGAAGUAUGCUUUCUCUAGCAUCUAUCUGGAGACAACAGUAUCGGUAUGAGGAAGCAGAACUCCUCUUUCAAGACGUGCUCAAAACAGCCAAGUCCGUGUACGGAGAACAGCAUGAGGAAUCGAUACGUGCCAUUGGCCAUUUAGCGACACUCUACUAUGACAUGGAUGAGUAUGAAAAGGCCGAACCAUUCAAACUUAUAGAUUGGAAGUGGCACAAUGAAAAUCUUGGUCCAGACCACCUCUGGACUCUGGGCGUUGCAGAAAAUCUAUCAGCAAUUUAUCGCGGGCUGGGUAAGCUGCAAGAAGGAAAAGAGCUGGCCUUCAAGACGCUUCAGAAGUGUGAAAAAAAUCUGGGCCAGGAUUAUUCGACGACAAGGGCUUGCAGACAUACACUGAUGAAUAUCUACCAAGAUCUCAAAGAGUGGCAAAACGCCGAGGAGUUGUGCUUGCGGCUUCUGGAAGAUGAGUCAAAAACGUAUGGACCUACUCACUUUGACACACUCGACAGGAAGUCGCAACUAUGUGGGAUAUAUUGGGCAAUGGGCGAUAUUGAAAAGGUUAAACAGUUGGACGAGGAACUCAUCAAAACCGCCAAUCGUGUGUUCAAUCCAGAUCAUCCUUACACUCUGAAAUUCACGGCCCUCUCCUGGUAUCGCCAAGGCAAAGAAGACGAGGCAAUACAAUUGAUAGCAAAGGCUACAAACAAGAUGGAAGUAUUGCUAGGCCCUUUUCACACAGAGACUCUAGCGUCACUCGGGAUAUUGAGGGGCAUGUGUGAACCUGAACGAGAUGCAGUAGAGAUACUGUUGGAGGUCGAGCGGCUUGGCGACUGA